GUGAAAGGGGGCUUUGGUGUGAGUGUGGGUGCGCACGCUGCACCGGAAGAAAGGUGUCUUUUGGCCAACGGGGCGUGACAGAGUGCUUCAGAGGGGUUGGGCACACUAUCAAUGCCUCCUUAACUGAAAUGUGUACUUUCCUGGGAUUGCGCAGCUGCCCUGUGAUCCCAAGAAAAGAUGCACCUUCUUUAAGGAGGUCCCUCAUCUGCUGCGUGUGCACCCGUGUCUGCUGCAAGCCCCCUUUCAGCUUUGGAUCCAAAGUGCUUCACACACAGAGCCGCUUGCAGGCCCUGGCGUUGGGGGCAGAGGAAGAUCUCAUCAUGGGGCUGAGAGGCAACAUGGAGUUCUCAGUAGCAUAGGCCAGGGAUCAGGGAGACCUGGGUUCAAAUCCAGGCUUGUCAGACAUCUCACUGCUUCUUAGCGCGGUUAUCUGGACAGCUGUUCAGGUCUGAUCCAAAACGUUGCUGUAGAUAAGCUUUUGGGUUGCACAAUCCUCAAGAUAAGAGAGCUGGGCAAGGGUAUCCCACCAUCAUCUCCGUGAACGCCAGAUUUUCGUGGGAAUAGAAGCUGGUCCCAAGCCACGUAGCGCAUGCUUGUUAACUCCAGCACUUGAGAUCCAGGCUCAGCAUCAUUUAAAGGCAUACCUUCAACUGUGGAAUCCACGGCAUAAUGCUUUUGCGGUAUUUGGGGGCACUAAUUGAGCCUUUAGGAGAGGGUGUUACUUUUUCAGGUCUGGGUCUCUCUUGUGCUCACAGCUGUAUUCUCAGAAAAGUUGAACAGCAAGAGCUUUCUCGUGUCUUGGUGCACGUGUGGCCAACAGUGAUCCUAAAGCAAGAAAGUACGCUCAACGUACGGUACCUUUUGUCAUUGCCUGGUUUUUGAAAAUCAGCGUAAUUUUCCUGGUCUUCGACAGGCAGCUUACAGGGAAAACACAGUGGGAUUGAACAGGUUCCCUCCGGCAGAGAACGUUGAGAAGAUUGACAGGAGGGUCCUCCAUUCGUACCUGAGGAAUUACUGUACGCCCAGCAGGAUGGUGUUGGCUGGCGUGGGGAUUGAGCAUGAGCAGCUUGUGGAAUGUGCUCACACGUACUUCCUGGGGGCCCACCAGCCUGGGGAAGCGGGAAAGCCGACGAUGUGGACAAGUCAGUGGCCCAGUACACCGGAGGGAUCCUCACGCUUGAGAAGGACAUGUCAGGCGUGAGUUUAGGGCCCACCCCCACCCCAGAGUUGGCCCACAUCACGAUUGGGCUGGAAAGCUGCUCGUUUCUGGAGGAAGACUUCAUCCCCUUUGCCAUCUUACACAUGAUGGGGGGGGGGGUGGCUCUUUCCCUGCCGGGGGCCCUGGCAAAGGCAUGUUCACACGGCUGUAUCUCAAUGUCCUCAACCGGUAAGUCCCCGGGCUUUUCUGAAGGAACAGGAAAGCUUUUUUGCUAAGAGCUGGGAGUGGAGACAAGCCGAGGCAGAGUGCGGUGAUGGGAAUGGCUGUGUCAUGCUGCUGUGCAGGAUCUUCCCUCCAGAGGUUUUUAGGCAGGUGUCCGAAGGGACAAAGGAGUAAAAAUGUGUAGCCGCUUUACACGUUGUGCUAAGCUAUCGUUUGCUUUACUCAUGACUCUUUUGGCUAACCCAGCGGUGGUAGAGCUCCUGGACCGUGCUGAGCCAUAACUUAGUUUUACAAACUGGUUGGCUAGCUUCAGACAACACACUAAACCAGAACCAAGUAAACCACCUUUGGCUUAUCACAGUAUGUGAACCAGGCCUGUUGUUUGAGGACCACCAUAUCUGCCCUUCAAGGUAGA